CCACUUUUGCGCUCAGCAAAAUACAGAAGAAGAGAACAAGCACUGACGGAGUUCACCCACCUAACAACAGCGACGGUUUACUGACUACAACUCCGACCUUAACUCGGCGAGCUCCGUUUUAGGUUUUCAUAUUUACGUGCUGGUCAUUGGGUCACCCCUGACGGACGUAUGAAGUGGAGACGCUGUCUUACUGAGCGGCUCUGAGAUAUGUGAAGGAGUGGAGUUUGCUUGCCUUGGCAGCUUCCCCAGAAGCAUUCACCACGGCGGGGGACAUCAAGCCAACUGUGUGCAGGGUGGUCAUCUAUCUCCAGAGGGACAUGUCGGGAGAGAGCUGCCUGCACCAGCGUUCACCUCAGGUCACUCCCAUUGUAUCACUUUCUCCAGUGGCCUGCCCCAAGACCAAGACGUGCAGCCAGCGUGGUGCUGUGGAAAGCAAGUAUGUGCGGCUCAACGUGGGUGGAGUCCUGUACUACUCCACUGUGCAGGUCCUGACACGGCAGGACAGCCUGCUGAAGUCGAUGUUCAGCGGCAAGAUGGAAGUUUUCACAGACAAGGAAGGUUGGAUUUUGAUUGACCGCUGUGGGAAGCACUUUGGGUCAAUACUCGGCUACUUGAGGGAAGGAAAUCUGGCCUUGCCCAAGAGCAGGCAGGGUAUCAUGGAGCUUUUGGCAGAGGCCAAGUACUAUCAUAUCCAGGGAUUGAUAGACUUGUGCCAGCAUGCCCUUCAGGAUAAUCAACAGAAGGCUUUGUGUGUUAUCCCCAUCAUCACCUCCCCAAGAGAAGAAGAGAGAUUAAUACAGGGUUGUACGCGGCCUAUAGUGAAGCUGCUUUACAAUCGAGGAAAUAACAAGUAUUCCUAUACCAGCAACUCUGAUGACAACUUGCUGAAGAACAUUGAGCUGUUUGAGAAGCUGUCCCUGAGCUACAAUGGACGUGUGCUGUUCAUGAAGGACGUAAUUGGAGACGAGAUCUGUUGCUGGUCUUUCUAUGGACAGGGCCGCAAGUUAGCAGAAGUUUGCUGCACAUCCAUUGUUUAUGCUACUGAGAAAAAACAGACCAAGGUCGAGUUUCCCGAAGCACGGAUCUACGAGGAGACGCUGAACGCACUGCUUUAUGAGACACUUCCAGUGCCAGACAAUUCUUUACUGGAGGCCACACGCCGUCGUGCCCACUGCAGUUCUCACAGCGAGGAGGAUGAGGGCGUGGAGCUGAGGGAGCGUGUCCGGCGCAUACACAUCAAGAGAUACAGCACCUACGACGACAGACCGCUCGGACAUUAGCCAUGCUGAAGACUGAGUUGUACUUGCUCUUCCAGAUAUCUUCUCCACUUGUGCCUCUAUUUUCGUCCGGUUGUGGGCGAAAGCUCGCACUGUGUACUACGCACUCACACUGUGCUCUGUACAGAGCGCUUUUAGGGUACACUGGAGUGUGAGGUAUGCAGAGAAAGAGUUGUAUUCUUUAUCCAGAACCACGCUGUAGAAAAGUUGGAAGUUAGGCAUACUGUGUGCUCCAUGACUGCAUGUGUUUUGGGCAGCGGUAUCAUGUCUGUUGUUGAUGCUUCAUGGGAUACUUUAUUUCUGGAUGUCACUCAUUUAAAUUCCACUUAACCCCUUAACCGGUCAGGACCUGCUGCCUUGUCCAGAUUUCUAUUGUGCGCUCAUAUAACUUAAGAAUAACUCAGCCAGUUUGCAUGUUUUUCUGUGCAGAUGCUGAAUAUCGCACCUUUAGGUAGAGCUGAAUUAAAAAUAAUUCAUCAAACAAGACCUCAGUUUGGAAGAGUUCCAUGUUCAAAAUGCAAGAGCUGCGAUUUGAAUUACAGCCUAUAUUAUCGACACUGUUGUUUGACGUUUUAAGUGGGGAAAUUUACCCUAAUAACACGGAUCUUGUGAACCUUGUAGAUGAUGAGGCGCAUUGAGCAUCAUUUGAACUGUUGAAGCAAAAUGAAGUAUCAGAACCUGUAAGAUUAAUCGUUUUCAUAUCAAAAUCAAGAGUGCAAUGGUCAAAUCGCAGAAGCAGUCAUUUGUAAUCAGAUCCUACGUCAUUCAACAUCGUCAUUAUAGCUUGUAAGUUUGGAAAUUUAACCUGAUAAUGUGGAGCUUGGCAGCCUCAAGCCGGGAAAAUAUGUAUGCAUUGGUCUUCCUGAGUAAAAGGAAAAGCCAGAGCUUAAUUUAUAAAAAUAAUUGAAUAAUUAAAUCACAACCUCAAUAUUGAUCAGGAAAAUCGUAAUUAGAUUCCGCAGAUUUUUCAGGUCUGCCUGACAUCACAUAAGCUAACAGUAUCAGUCACGCAGGAGAAUAAGACAUAUGUAGUCAGUAUUAUUUUAUGCAGAGGUGCAAGUCAUGAUUUGUUUGAGUUGAAUCCAGUACAUGACUAUGCAGACAAUACGUUUUUAAAAUGCUUCAAACACAAGAAUUCCAAAAGAAUCGAAACGUUCUCGACUGCCUCGCUUCUUACUACCAUCAGUACCUGUUGAUGGCCGGUUAGACCAGUCAAAAGCAGCCCUGUGUACAGUUUGCUGUGUACAUGACAACACAGCUGGCAGUCUGACACACUUUGUGCAGCUUGGUCAAAUGAACAAGCCUGGACUUUAUUUUAUAGGAAAUGAUCACGCCUUAAAAGGCAUUAACAAUAUUGGAUCAGAUAUAAAACACAAUUCUGUAUCACAAUUCCCCAAAUUGUUCAGCUCUGCCUUUAGGGUGUGAUGAGCCUGGGAUUUAAAUGGUCAACGGCAAGAGCCCUAGACUUAUUAUCCAGUCAUAAAUCUUAAGGCACAUUUUUCACUGGUUAGUAUGUAAGUUAAGAGUGCGGGACUAACGUGUGGGCUCAAGUACAGGUCCGUAGGCUUUAAGGGGUUAACUCAAAUUGUGAAAGUAGUGGAUUGUAUGGGUGUUUGAAAAGUGGGGGGGUGCACACCUACCAAUUUUCUGAUGACAAUUACUCAAGCGUACUGAACAGCGUGGAAGUGUGAGCUUUCGCCCACGGUCAAACGUCUGUGAGAACUACCACACUACUGGCAAUUCUCUUCUAAGACACUAUUUAACCACUGUUUAAAUCACUGCCACGUCACGGCUAAGUGCUUGCUCAGUGGAUUCGUGUUAUCCUGACAAUCUGGUUGAAAGACUAAAUUCACUGUGGUGGGGAAAAAGUGGAACGCCGUCACUUCAUUUAGUUGCUUAGUGAGAAAAGCACCAGCUGUAGACAUCGUCAUGAUCAUAUACAUUGAUGUUUUACCUCCUUUAAAAUGUUUUGAAGCUGUGCAGAUGCUAUCUCAAUGGACACUAGGAUUGAAAUUAAUAUCUAAGAAGUACAACAGGAUGCCACUGAUCUAAAAACCAGGGGUCUGUCUCACAAAGCCAGUUCAUCAUCAUCUGAAAUGUAAGGAUUCUUAAACUUCAGAUUCACAAAGCCUAACAAAUCGAGCAGCGGUUAAUUAGUUCUACGUGGGCUGUUAACAGUCUGAUAACCCAGUUUAUUCAAAUAGAAAAUCUACGUAAAUUUGUACCGAGUAAAUCAGUAAAAAUGAAGCCACUGCAUUAGUGCUUGUUGUAUUAAUAAUUGCGGUAUAUUCUUAAUAUCUACAGUUGUGUGCAAAAGUUUGAAGACCCCUGGUCCAACUACAUGUUUUGUUAAAAUAAGCUAACAAACUGAAAUCUGGCCUUUUCUGCAGAUUUUUGUGCACAAACACAAAAUAUAAAUGUGCCACAACUUUUGCACAGACUGCAUUUUGUGUUUUAUUCCUUUUAAAAUGUGUUAAAUUCAGAAAACCUACCGUAAUUGUGCAUUUAAAUGUGCAGAAAUAUGUUUGUUGUGGCCUGGGCUCACGACUGCCUGUAGUGUUGCUUCGUUAAUAGCAUGAACAUCCUUCAUGUGAUUUGAAGCCACAAACAUCAUGAAGAAAAAAAAAACGACCCCAUCAGUGCAUCAGGAGCACGGCUCUGAUUGGUCCAUCAGCUGUUGACGAAAUCCCUGAACUAAACCGGCCCAGGAGCAGGUCAGCCGUGCUGCAGAAGUUGCCAUAGUGAUAUAGCCUAGUAAAAAGCGAUCCACCAUUGUAAAACAGAAAAUCCAGGGUUGGAUUGAACUCAACUUGGUCACCUGGCUAAGCUCGAAAUCCUGCUUUGUGAAAAGUCCCCAGAUUUGGUUUGAAAUUUGUUAACCAGUCCUUCAAUGUGAACACACAGAGCGAAGUUCACGGAUUCUCAUUUUUACACUUUAUUUAUUUACCUCAAUGUUUUCAUGUUGAAACCUUUUUUUAAUAGAGACUAGUUGAGAGCCUUUCAUAAGAAUGUUGUUGAUGAAUUUAUAGCACCUUGACUUUUCCUGAUUUACAUUGUAAGAGGCCUUAAGUCACAUUCAAGCCUUCUUGUGUAUUCGGAAAAUGCAGAACAGUAUGAGCCAGAUGGAAAAUAGUCUGAGGACUUGGUUUUGAAUGAGUGGUAAUGGCAUCCAGAAUGUGAUUCUGCCUUCACCAGUUAUAUCUUUAAAUGCAGUGUAUUUUGUUAAUAGAUUUGUUUUAUCGAGCCUUUCAUACUCUUCAUAAAAUCCUUUAUUUAA